CGAAACCAACUCCACAGCUGCUGCGUCGUCUUCUUCCUAUGCCUCCUCUUCUGUCACCCAACAACAAAAGCCCAAAAGUUUCACGCCACACGCAGAGGGUAAGCCUCCUCUCUCUCUUCUCCAUAUGCCACCGUCACAACCUUAAUUGCUGAUAUCCAUGGAGGGGAUCAUUUCCAUCGCGACCAUUUUGAUCACAGCUUCUCUCUUCACCAUUGCAGCUGCUCUCAAGGAGGGACAAACCUGCGUCGCGAACAAAUUCUGCGACUCCGGCUUGCACUGCGAGACUUGCGUCGCCGAUGGAAAUACACGCCCUCGAUGCACUCGAAUUCGACCCUCCAAUCCCACUUCACCGGUCAAUAAUUUGCCAUUUAACAGGUACUCAUGGGUGACGACUCACAAUGCAUAUGCAAGGAUGCAAGUGAAAUCAACUACUGGAUCAGUCAUAGUAUCUCCCAGGAACCAGCAGGACACCGUCACUGAUCAGCUCAAUAAUGGCAUUAGGGGAUUGAUGCUGGAUAUGUAUGACUUUGAAAAUGAUAUCUGGUUAUGUCACUCCUUUGGGGGACGUUGCUACAACUACACAGCCUUUCAACCAGCCAUUAAUGUCCUGAAAGAAGUUCAAACAUUUAUGGAAGCAAACCCCUCCGAGAUUGUGACUAUUAUAAUCGAAGACUAUGUUUCAUCGCCUAAUGGACUGACCAAGGUGUUUGAUGCUGCUGGCUUGAGGAAAUAUUGGUUUCCAGCAUCUCGUAUGCCUAAAAAUGGUGGCAAUUGGCCGAUAGUGGACGAUAUGGUCCAAAAGAAUCAGCGCCUGCUAGUUUUCACUUCAAUAGCAUCGAAAGAGGCUUCUGAAGGAAUUGCAUACCAGUGGCGAUACAUGGUGGAAAACCAGUAUGGUGAUGGAGGGAUGAAAGCCGGUUUUUGCCCAAACCGCGUGGAAUCACCCUCAAUGAACACAACAAGCAGAUCUCUGGUUCUUGUGAACUAUUUCCCAACUAUGCCAGACUUAACCAAAGCUUGCAAGCACAAUUCAGCCCCAUUGAUCAGCAUGGUUAACACCUGUUAUAAAGCAGCCGGCAAACGAUGGCCUAACUUCAUAGCAGUUGACUUCUACAAGAGGAGCGAUGGUGGGGGAGCCCCAGCGGCAGUAGAUAUGGCAAAUGGUCAUCUCGUCUGCGGAUGUAAUAGCAUAACCUCUUGCAAAGCGAACAUGACUUUUGGCUCAUGUGACGUGCCGGAGCCUGGAAUUGCCCCCAUCCCGGCUGCACGCGAUACUAGCUUUGCUCAUUUCGGUAGUCGAUCACCUCAUCAGUGGUGGUGGUUUGGGACAGUGCUAUUAAUCCUCCCCUGGGUGUGAAGAGGAAAAAGGAAAUAUUUCUUUGUGCAUUCUUUGAUAGAGUCUUGAUUGAAG